CGCAGGUUGGAUCCUAGCGUAGAUUCCAGCUGUCCCUGUUGAAUGAUCGAGUAGCUUCGACUCCACCUUUCAUCGAUUUCGAUACAAGAUAGAAAAUCAUGCAGAUUCGAAAACCAAAUCGACAAGGACGCAAAGAAAUUGAAAACUUUCUUUUUUAAUUAAAAUCUAAAUAUUAGAAAAAUGUUAGAGGGUGCUAAAUUAAUCGGUGCGGGAGCUGCUACAAUUGCUUUAGCGGGAGCGGCAGUCGGCAUUGGAAAUGUCUUCAGUUCGUUGAUCCAUUCUGUAGCAAGAAAUCCUUCAUUGGCAAAACAGUUGUUUGGUUACGCAAUCUUGGGAUUUGCUACUUUAACAGAAGCUAUUGCCUUGUUUGCCUUAAUGAUGGCCUUUCUGAUCUUAUUUGUCUUCCAAACAAUAAAGUAAAGCAUUAUGAAGGUGUAGUCUCUCUUAUCAUAACAUAAAAAGGAAAAGGAGGCCCCCGGUCAAAGCAUCAAAGGUGACUGGGGGGAAGGGGAGUGGUGAGGAGGGCCCCUUCAACAAGCUUGAAAGCAUCCCUUUUUAGUACUCCUUUUUUAGUUGUGCCUUUUAUGAUUCACUUUUUCGAGGAGGCAGCUGUUGAAACUCAUUUUCAUCCUAUCUGCUCUUGUGCUUGUGCUAAUUUCAUAUUGAAAAUCGGAUUCUCGUCAAAGACAGACACAGACCAUC